GACUGCAACUCCGCGCGGGCCGACCUUUGGCGAGAACGACCGCGCGAGCGAGUGACGCGGAGGCGACGAGUGACGGGUGUGCGGGGAACUCGCAGACUUUUCAGGCUUGGAGGAGCGGACGGUUUGAACGGGGCGUGGAACUGAGAGGCAAGGCAGGGGAUUCUCUUGCUGGUCGCCCACCUUGCAAGUCCAACAAGCCACUCUACUGCUCCAACUCCCCCCAUUCAAGCCGGUUUUGUGGCCCGGGGAAAAACGGCCCUCGUCGCCGCUCGCUUUUGACGACACCAUCAGCGCCCCAGCAACCACCCGAGCGCAGGCUUUUUCAAAGUCCCGCCAGUAGCGAGAAAGAUAGUUAGUUGUCUGGCUUGGGAUCCAGACGGUUGUAGAGAGAACUCAGACUGUUCCCUGAACUUACCUCGCAUACAAAAGCUCUGAAACAACUUUGCCACUAACGACAACCGAAAGGCCGGAUUUCAAGUUUCAACAACAAGCUUCGGGGAGAAAAGAUAAACUAUUCCAAGAUGUCUUUCUACGUCAAACUUGAGACUUUCGUCCUUUUCACCGCCAUAGUUGUCACCUGUUUGAACGGUCUGAAAAUAGACUUCUCUCGGCUUUCCCUCCCGUCAAGAGCAUUCUUCACACCACAGAAGCGAAACGUGUGCGAAGGAAACCCUUGUGAAGCCUCCAGACCCUUUUUGUGCCGGGAAUCUCCUACGUGCAUCCGCUUGAAAGACAUCUGUGACGGAAAAGAUGACUGCGAAGAUGGGUUUGACGAAAGUCGUGAAGUGUGCUUUGGCGCCUCUCGCCCGCCAAUGGAAUCAAUUUACCAGUUCUUAUCGGACGAAAGAAAAUGGAUGAUCCCCAAGCUGUUCAACGGUGCUGACACUGAAAUGGUGGCCCACGAGCUUACACUCGCCACCAGCAUUGAUGAGCUGCAAAGGACACUGGGACUGACGCCGGAGAACGUGGCAAACCUUCGCAAAGCUUUCCAGAGUACAAUUGAAGGCGACGAGCGACCCCUGCUGGCCAUGGGGAUGCCCGAAAGGUCAUGGCCAGAAGUCAAGUUCUUGUUCGAAAGUCUGCUCAAGAGCGGCUUCCGCGAAGACUAGAUUCUACGACCUUCCCUCCCCCAGCCCUCCCGCAGCACCUGAUUGGCUAACGCGAAAGCGCAGCUCACGCAAAAGAGGCAAAUGACUCUACAAAACAUCGGGGAAUACAUGCAGACAGACAUUUUAAGAGCGAAAAUCCGUUUCAAGAAGAAGUAGGAAAGUAUGUUAUUUCCAGCAUCACCCUUUCAGCAUAUUUUUUUCCAGCCUCCUGGCCGUUACUCGUGAGGGAGCUAGCAUGACAUCGUGUAACGGUCAAAGUUUUAUUCAGCUACUCCCGCCCCCCACCUUGCAAGAUGUGACAAAUGGCAGGAGCUGUUUUAUCAAAAGUUUACCAAUAUAUUAGGAAAAUAUUUUUAAGUCCCCUUUUUCCCCAUCCAAAAAAGGUACCUAGAAAUUGCAAAUAAACAACCAUAGGUCCCAGAAUCAAUGCCCGUCGGAAAUAAAAAUUAUGCAAAACCUGUGGCGAGAAAGAGAGAGCAAGAAGGAAGGAAAAAAAGCAAUAAUGUAUUUAAUUCCGAUAAGUCUGCAAACGAUACAGAUUUUACGAACCAGGAAUCGCAAGCUUGUGGCAUGUGUUCCCUCAUGUCCUGCCUGUCCAGGCUGCCGCAGCAAACUUCGCUUGGCCAUGGCGUUGUGUUGUGGUGAAUGUGCUAGUCUCUGCGUGACGUAGCAUUGCUGGCCGUUGUUCAUAUGUCAACCACUGCUUCUAUAAAGAGCGUGCGACAAAAAAACAAAACAAAACAAAAUAAAAUAAAAUAAAAAAGCAGAUCUACUGGGUUCGUCAAACUUUCGCCAAUUCUCUCAUCUUCAUGGGUCAAAUGUCUAAAAGUGAACAGAUGUGUAGCAGAUUUCUUUACCCAUUCUUUUUUUUUUUUUUUUACCACAAGAGCCACCUUAAGCAGCUUUUAAAAAUAGCGUAAAAUAGUAUUUUCAUUUAUUUUUUCUGCUAUUUUCACAACUAUCAAAGUUUAAAACGUUUUUAACAGAAGCUAAUUAUAAAUACUUGCAGAUAUUAAACUAACUUUGGUGAUCGACAAAAAAAAAAAAAAACCUUCAGAACAAAACUAAUUAAUAUGAUAUUGCUUUUUUCUUGAGUUUCUUAUUUCCGUAUGAACUUCGUAUAUUUGGCUUUAAAUCAAGUCUGUUUUUGUUUUGACUUUUUUUUUUUUAAAUUUCUGUUUUGUAAAGCAGUUUAUCCGGAAAUCCGAAAGCAAGAAAUAACUUAUCAGAAUAUUAUUAAAUAGUGAUAUACCUCUGCAACAUGUUAUAACUUAUUGUAGCGAUACCAGAGGUGACAGGAAUCCAGAAGUCUUGAAGAAAACAUCAUAGACUAAUGAAUAAUAAGAUAUCUUAAAAAAACAAAACAUUCCGAAUAACUUACAUAGUCAUCACUUUAAAUUUUGUAAACUGUUUGCUCUUCUGUUGAGUUCAAUCAAGGUGCAUUUGUGUGACUAUAGCUAUAUGCUGCGUUAUGUACUGUGCUAGUGCAGUGGUCCUACUGUUUCAUCUCUUCCUACAAGCUAAUCAUGCCAUUUCUAGUGCAUUUCUAAUGCACUUGAGGUUUCCGCUGAAUAUUUUAUAUCAGAAUAUAAGAUUUGUCCAAUACCGUGAUUUUAUUAGGUUUUCCACAAGCGAAAUUAUUUCUCCUUUGAGAACUUAUCCCAAACUGCUUCUCCUGUCCAGUCAGCUGGUGCUAGUUUGCUUUUUUUGUUAAUUACUUUCCCGGAUGUUCGAUUCCCAAGUGCGUUGUUUCGACAAUUGUUUGGAGUGGUGGGGGCAGAACAUGCAUGGGGUCGACAGAGUGGUGCUUUGUAUUUUGAGUAAAUAUUGAUUCGCUUCAAUCCUAAAGUUGCAUCAUGGUAUAUUUCUUAUUAUCAAAAGUGUAAGAACUACUGCGUAUUGCUCGCCUAAACAUUCCAGAAAUAAUUACAAGAUCCCUAGUCACAUUCCAGUCAUUCUAUGUGCUUUGCUAAAGUCCAGUUUUUAUCUUAAUAAUAAAAACUCAUUUUCUGCUCGACAUGCAUCUAUUUCUCAUUUACCUUCAUUUGACUAGCAGUACAGUUACACAUAUUGAACUAUGUUAUUUGACUGAUACCUCUGUAUACAUUUGAGCAGUGUAUUUUAACAAUCUCAUUAAAGUACUUUUUAUUCUAACUUUACUUGAGGCUAAAUUUCAGCUUUUCUGGUCCAUAUAUGUACUUCUUUCUAUAACUUUAUUACUUUAUUAUUUUUUUUAAAAGCAGCUACAGAAAUAAACAAAUUUUUCAAAAAUCUCUGCAGACUAUACUGAAAAUGACUCAUUGCAUUUCAGAAUUAUUUUCAAAGCAUAUAUAUAUAUUCUAUAAAUGUUUAUAAUUUGAUCAACGGUGAUCCCAGUGCAGUGAGAUCGCCUUCACCUUUGUCCUUCCAAAGCUUCUAUGUAGUUGGGAAAGUCCGCCCUUGGGUCACAUCAUUAACAAAACACAAUAAACUUUAAUCACGAACAAGAUUUAUUAUCAUAGUGUUUAUGGAAACAAUUGUUUUAGAGUUAUUACAACAGCUAUAGAUAUACGUUCUCUUAUUAAAGUGUUCAAACUUGUUACUCAAAUGUUUAAAAAAAAACAUAUUGAUGUACAUACUUUUCAUUACAGAAUCUACACUUGGAUUCUGUAUGGAAAUGUGGAUUGUGUAAGACAACCGUCAAAAAUAAAAGGAACCCACUGAUAUUGUACAGUACAUUUUCCCUACCAAUCCAGGACUUUGACAAAAAGUGAUGGUUCUUGUGGGGUUUUUCAAGAAAUAGAAAUGAGGGAUGACAAAUUAUAUUGACAUGCAAAGUAAAAUAUAUCAAUUUCCUAUUGUUGAAAAAGCUGGUAGCUGUAUCAAGGCACAAGAGUAAACUCACCCAGUUUCUAUAGAUGUAACCUGCUGAUGCUACAGCCAAGUGGGGAGUCAGACUUUCCAAAAAAAGUUGACCUUCAUUAUUUUACAUAGGUCUCGAAAAAAUGUUCUGAUGGCUUGGCGCGUGACGCUUCAUGUAUGUGUAUUGUAGACUACAUGUAACAUACUGCCAUUUGUUGCAUCUUCAUACCCUGUUGAUCAUUAUACUAUAAACUGAGUUUCAAACGAAAAAAAUAAAUCAUGACUAGUUUCUUAGCCUGUGUCUUGUUGUCACUCUGAGUUGACAUGUCUCUACAUCCUGUGAUGGUUUAUCUGGCAAUUGGCGAUGAAGAACUUAAAGAUAUGCUUGAAUUGGCCA